GCCAGAUUUCCCGAGAAGUUGAGGUACACGUCAGAAUGGAACCUGUACUGGUGAGCGGACGUGUACAGUGACCUCAGCAGUUUGUGCGUAUCAGCUGACACACAUUCACAGACGGGAAAACAUGGAACGCGGUUUUUCUCUUGCUGGGCCUUCUUCUAAUCCUCGUAAACGUCAGGUGCGAUUUUCAGCACGUCAUGACAUCCUGCUCCUCCGUGAGGUGAUAGCACAGAACCCCUUCACUUCUAAAGAGUCAGGCCGGAUCUGGGCAAGGGUGGGUGAAAUUAUUACUGCGACCUUACAGGAUGAGAACUUUGAGGUGGAUGGACGCAGAUGCAGGGAGAGAACCAUGCUACUGCUGGAUUAUUAUAAAAAACAGGACUUUGCAAGUCUACGCAGGUUUGGUACGGAACGCCUGUAUGCACAGAAAGAAGACCUGUUGCAUGAAGUUCUGGAGUUGGAAGCAGAGAAGAAUCUUCUGGCGAGUGGGGAAAGUAAAUACCAAGAUGAUGAACUCAGGAAGAGAACACUGGAGGAAUUAUCAUUGCCUGAGCCUGACAAAUCCACUGUGCUAUCAGUAACAACAGCUCCCACCACUGUGGUAGCCAGCCCAGAACCUGAGGAGCAGGAGGAGGCUGAGCUCACAGCUCCCACAGCCAAACAGCCAUGUCAGUGCUGCUGUCAGACUUACUCAGAGAUCCUGAGCUUCCUAGAAAAGCGAUUUGAAGCAGAGCAGAGUCUGCGAGAAGAGGAGAUGGCACUGAGAAGAGAAGAGCUAGAAGUCCAGAGGAGUAAGAUUGCCCUGGAUCGGGAGCGUAUCGGAGCAGAAAGAAAAGAACGGGAACGUCGGUUUGAGCUGGAGAGUCAGGAAAGGCAGGUUAUACUGGAUUUGUUAAAAGAGAAGGUCCUAAAAAAUGAACGGAACUCUGACUGAAAUUAGAAAUUUUUAGUUUCAGUCUUUGAUGUUGAACUGUCAUUCCAGCCAGUGUUAUAUUCUGCUUUCCCUGUUUGAAUUGUUAAUAUAAGCUCAUAAUAUUAUAGUUCAUUGUCAUAACAUUGAAUAAAAUAGCUAAAUGCC